GCCUUGGACAGUCUUUAAUGAUCCGGACUUCACUCACCACUAAAAGAAAAACUAGUUUAAUGCCAAUUCAUUUUUCAUUUUAUAGGCUGGAAAUCAAACCUUUCCACAUUGCUGUGUUUUUAUGACACAGUGGACUGGUGUACUGGUACCCAGAGACCUUCCCUCAUGGACGAUCUCUAUGAAGCAAAUGGCAGUUUUGCCAUCAACUUAUUGAAAGUGUUGGGUGAAGAGGACAGCUCCCGAAAUGUGUUCUUCUCCCCUCUGAGCAUCUCCUCAGCCCUGGCCAUGGUCUUCAUGGGGGCCAAAGGAAACACUGCUGCCCAGAUGUCCCAGGUGCUUUGUUUGAACAGAGGUGAAGUUCACAAAGGUUUCCGGUCCCUUCUCAAGGAGGUUAACAAGUCUGGCACUCAGUACUUGCUCAGAACUGCCAACAGACUCUUCGGAGAGAAGACGUGUGAUUUCCUUCCUGCCUUUAGGGAAUCCUGUCAGGAGUUCUACCAGGCCGAGCUGGAGGAGCUGUCGUUCGCUGAAGACACAGAGGCGAGCAGGAGACACAUCAACGACUGGGUGACCGAGAAGACGGAAGGUAAGAUUUCAGAGAUCCUGGGUGCUGGGACCGUGGAUCCACUGACUAAGCUGGUUCUCGUGAAUGCCAUCUAUUUCAAAGGAAAGUGGAAUGAGCAGUUUGACAGAAAGUACACAAGGGGAAUGCCCUUUAAAGUCAACCAGGAGAAAAAGACGGUGCAGAUGAUGUUCAAGCAAGCUAAAUUUAAAACGGGGUACGUGGCUGAGGUGCACACACAGGUGCUGGAGCUGCCCUACGUGGGGCAGGAGCUCAGCUUGGUGCUUCUUCUGCCGGAUGACGACACUGAGCUCGCCGUGGUGGAAAAAGCACUUACAUAUGAGAAGUUCAGAGACUGGACAAAUCCAGAGAAGAUGACUAAGGAUAAAGUUCAAGUUUUCCUUCCCCGAAUGAAGCUGGAGGAGAGUUAUGACUUAGAAUCUUUUCUUCGAAGUUUAGGUAUGACUGAUGCGUUUGAGGAAGCCAAGGCAGACUUUUCUGGAAUGUCAGCUAAGAAGAAUGUGCCCGUGUCCAAGGUGGCGCACAAGUGCUUCGUAGAGGUGAACGAGGAGGGCACGGAGGCGGCAGGGGCCACAGCCGUGGUCAGGAAUGCUCGGUGCAUCAGACCCGAACCAAGAUUUUGUGCAGACCACCCUUUCCUUUUCUUCAUCACACACCACAGCACCAGCAGCAUUUUGUUCUGUGGCAGGUUCUGCUCUCCAUAGGGAGGUGCAGUCACUAUAAACACCCUCCUUUCGCUUCUGCCAACCUUGUCUUAAUACAGAUUCCUGGGACUGAAUGGUGUGGUGGUUUGGAUGCCCAAACGAGGAGUGUGCAUCUGGAAAGUCUAUGUGGAUGUCCUCACCGAGGAUUCCACAGCUGCUGAGAAACUGAGGCAUCACAUGUGUGGAGUUUGGGGUGGAGAAGGCUGUGUGUGUUCUGGAGGGUUCGGGCAGCUCCUCUUUCUCAUUGUGGGCAUCUUGAGGAGAACGUCAAGGAUCCACAUUCCUAUCCUGCAGUGACCUCUGUCCCCCUCCGCUGCCAGGCUCCCAUGGAGAUGCCAGAGCCCAGCGCCACUGCACACACGGCCAGAGGUGAAUGCCCUGAUGGAAAGCCUGCAGCCACUCUGUUUCUGCCCUGUCAGGAUCCCAGAGACCGUCCUACAUGUCCCAAAUCUCACACAGUUCCUCAUGGAGACAACUCCUUCAGAUCUUCUUGCUAUAAACCUUCAGGCUUGCACUAGAAGGCAGAGCUCCGAAUAAGCCAUGCCCUGUAGUCUCCUCCAUGCCCUCCUCGUCUGAAGCACCACCCCCUCCCUGCCCCAGGACCUUCAUGUGAAGCACCUGUCAGGACAGCUGACCCUCUAGGUAAGCCACAUACAGUCACGUGUGGCUCCAGCAUGGCCCUCCCUAUAGUAUUUUUUUUUUGGCUUAAAAAAGGAUUUGUAUUGUGGUAGCAAUUUGGAAACUAUUGAAAAGUACCAGAGAACACUGAAGUCACCCACAAUUCUAUCACUGUGAAAUCAGUGUUAAUUAUAGUUAUUCCUGUUAUAGUUCCUAUAGUUAUAUCCUAUUCUGUGUAUGCAAAUACAAACAUAAACAUUUUAGCAUGUUAAUCAUAGACUUCUGUAGCUAUUUCUACCCUUACUUGACAUAAACUCUCCUCAAGAUAAUUAUCUGUGUCAUAAUUUGAUAUGUCAAAUUGUAUCUCUGUAUAUUUUCUAUUAUUGGAUCUACUUUUAGACAAUUUAGGUAAUUAAAAUUAUAUACUCUUAUGAAUAUAUUAAAUAUUUGCUCACAUUUUUAAUAUUUUAAAAGAAAUAUUCUGAAUGGUACUGUCAAGAUAAAAGUUGGGGACAUUUUGAGACUGCUUCCAAAUUGGUCUCCAGAAAGUUGUCCUGGUUUACAACCUCCCCGCCACUCUCACCCUGCCUAAACAUGACCAUUUACACUAUUGCUAA